GGACUCGCCACCCUCCUUGGGCGGCAUUCCCGGCUUCCCGUGGGCACCCAUGCUGACGCCCCGCGUGUGCCGCGCCCUGGGGCUGUGCGGGUGGCCGUGCGGGCUCCGGCACCGCUCCACCCGCGAGCAGCCGCCCCCGCCCGCGGGCCGGGCCGAGGGAGGUCCCCCCGCAUCCCUCCCGCGGGGCCCCGGGCGCAUCCCGGCUCCGGCGGCUCCCGGGGGACCCCGCGGGGACACCCCCGGCCGGGACACAGAGGGGCCGGGCGCGGGUCGGCCACGGGGCGGGAGCUGUGGCUGUCCCAGCUGGAUGAGUUCCCGAGGGCGAGGAAAGGCAUGGAGCGAAAGCCUCUGCGGCUGGAGAGGACGAAGGGCUCGGAGAUCCUGUUCGGGGUCGGGCCGUGCUCCCUGGCCCUCAGCCAGGCGCGCAGGGAGCUGUUCAGGCUGUUCCUCAAGCAGAGCAGCUCCCGGCGGCCCGUGAUGAGCGAGUUCGUGCUCCAGGCCACGGCCCGCGGGGUGCCGGUGCUGCACGUCCAGCGGAGAGAGCUGGACGAGCUCUGCAGGGGUCAGGUCCACCAGGGAGUGUGUCUGGAGGCCGCCCCGCUGCGGUUCAAGAGUUUGGAGGACGCCGAGACGCCCGGUUUGGGGGGUGAAGGCAGUGGGGACCGGCAGGUGAUCUGGCUGGUGCUGGAGCAGAUCCAGGACCCCAUGAACCUGGGGGCACUGCUGCGCUCCGCGUACUUCCUGGGGGUGGACAGAGUGGUGACCAGCCACAGGAACAGCUGCCCCCUGACUCCGACAGUGAGCAAAGCCAGCGCUGGAGCCAUGGAGGUCUUCGAUGUCUACAGCACAGAUGAUCUCCAGAGCUUUUUGAAGGCUAAAACUGCAGAAGGCUGGGAAGUGGUGGGAACAGUCAGCAAACCUGAGGAUGUGGAAGACGUUCCUGUCAUCAGCUGCUUGGAAUUUCAGUGGGAUAAACCCCUUAUUGUAGUAAUAGGUAGUGAAGGGGAGGGCCUUUCCCUGGAGACACAGCUCCUGUGCCACAGGAUGGUGGCCAUCCCCCCUGGCAGAGCCCUGCACCCCGGCAUCGACUCGCUCAACGUCUCCGUUGCCACUGGUAUCCUCCUGCACUCCAUCUGCAGCCAGAAACGGAGGCAUGGAGAUUGAAAUCCUCGUUGUGUGGUGGGGGAAGCUGCUCAGCAUUCCCUGGCUCUGCUCGGUGUGGAGAUGGAAAAGCUGUUCCUAGAGUGUUCACCAUCUCUGCAGGUCACAGGCACAGCCACACUGACCUGAGCUGCAUCUUGGCUGUAGAAGAUGCCCCCAGAUCGCUGGAUUAGUGCCCAGGGCAGACACCUCCUGUCCUGGGUAGCACCUGGGAGGAGCAGCUCCAGGGAAGGGAGACCAAGCCAGGUCUGAAAGCAGCCGGCUGUAUCCUUCAGUUUUUGGCAGGAGAACACCCAGGGGUGGCUGUGAGCUUCCUGCUCAUUGCACAGGGGAUGCUGUGCAUCACCUGAGCUGUGGAGAGAAUUUGGGCUGCAGGGGAAAGUGCUUGGCUGGUGCUGCCACUGAGACCAGCCCUGUGCCCACCCUGAGCCCACCACCCGCUCAGCAGUGAGAGGGAGCUGCUGACAGCCCAGCUGUGCUUUGGAACCCUCAGCAGGGACUUCCUCGUGAGGAGAGGCUUUGUCUGUGCUUGGUUGUGAAGCAGUGCUUGGUUGUGCAGCCCUGCCGAGGGAUGGAAUGAGCUGCUGGAAAACUGUGGGGAAAAACACACAGCCCUUGGAAAUAAAGCUCCUGUAAAGUUUGGUGUAGACUCGAA